UAGAGAUUUUCAGAGAUAAUUAUUAUUGUUCACUAUAUCCUCCUAAUGAAAUACACAGAUAAUUAUCAAUAUGAGGAGUACGUAACACGAACCAUCAAGGUAUUAAUUAGCGGACUGAAAAGAGAAACGUGACAAUAGAUACGAAGACUUCAGCAAUUUCCAACUCAAAAAAGAAAAAUAUAAUUUUUUAAAUGAAAAGCUUUUGUAUACUUUUCCUAAUUAAAUAGUACGAACAAUGUCUCUCAUUUGACUAAACUUCCAAGCUAUAUUCAUUCACCUGUACACUUUCAAAGAGAUUUAUUUGCCAACCGUUUCAUUGUUUUAUUCCAACUUCCCCAUCGCAAGCUUCUAACGAAAAAGACACAUAAAUUUGUUGGCAACGUUUCCACUGGACGAAAUUCUCCUCCAUGGAUUAAUACUCCGUAAAACAAAGUAAAUUUCGACGAAAUAUUCGCAGAGGUAGGAACGUUUUUCUUUAUCUUCUGCAGAUGGCGAUUAUUCUAAACACGUCGUUUGUCGAUGUGGGAGGAAACGAGGACGACGAGAACGACAGAUACGUUCCUUACGAUCAACGACCGGAAACAUACAUCGUACCUGUGGUAUUCUUAUUAAUCCUCGUGGUGGGUGUAACGGGAAACGGGAUUCUGGUGCUCACCCUUUUACGCCAUGCCAACAUGAGAAACGUCCCGAACACUUAUAUGCUCUCCUUGGCCCUAGGAGAUCUUCUGGUGAUCGUGACGUGUGUACCGUUUACCUCGAUCCUCUACACGAUCGAGUCAUGGCCGUGGGGUCUGGCAGUUUGCAAAUUAUCGGAGUGCGCCAAGGAUAUUUCGAUCGGUGUCUCAGUUUUCACUCUGACCGCGUUAUCAGCCGAGAGGUAUUGCGCGAUUGUGAAUCCAAUACGACGACACGUAGCAGGGCUGAGCGCGAAACCAUUAACGAUACUAACAGCCUCCCUUAUUUGGGUGCUGGCAAUUAUUCUAGCGAUGCCAGCUGCUCUUUUCUCUCACGUGCCGACCGUACCUUUACAGGGUAACCACAGUAUCCUGAUUUGCAGUCCAUUUCCCGAAGAAUUCGGGAAAAGCUAUCAAAGAGGAAUGGUGAUGUUCAAGUUCCUGGUAUAUUAUGCGAUACCGCUGUGCGUGAUAGCGGGAUUUUAUCUGGGAAUGGCACGACACCUCGAGCUAUCCACCAGGAACAUGCCUGGAGAAUUGUCCUGUGAUAGUCAUCGUAUGGAGCAAAUUAAAGCGCGCAAAAAGGUGGGAAAGAUGGUGAUAGCCUUCGUAAUUAUCUUCGUCAUUUGCUUUCUACCCUAUCACACGUUCAUGCUGUGGUUCCACUUUUACCCGUCGUCCGAAGACGACUACGACGACUUUUGGCACGCGUUCAGGAUCCUCGGAUUCUGUCUGAGCUUCGUCAACAGUUGCGUGAAUCCGAUAGCUCUGUACUUUGUCAGUGGGACAUUUCGAAAGAGGUUCAACGAAUAUCUUUGCUGUCGUCUGUCGAGGAGAACCCUGAGUGUCUGCCGAACGGAAACGGAUAGUUGGGAGAAGUAUGGAAAUCGAGGCGCGAAUUAUUCUCAAAGAAGACGAACGCGUGGCGAGGGCACUCUUUACGAGACCAGCUUCGGUUCCACGAUCCGAAGGCACACGCAGGAACUGAAUUCAACAGCAGUUUACGAGCUCGGAAACGAAGAGUCCACAGGACCCACCUUUAAAAUGCUUCUUUCAUUCGCACAGGCACCCUGUUUGGCGGAUGACACCGGCGACAAUAAGAAAGUGAAAACAAACGAGGAGCCAAACGCGAGAGAGUAUCUGCAAUUGGCGUUGGCCAGAGUGCUGGAGCUGCAACGAGAGAUCAAAGAAGGAACAUACACAACGGACCACACCAACGACCUCGGUGAAUCGGGCAGCGAGGAGGAUUUAACGAAGGAAGUUCUGAGGAAAGUUUUCGAGAAUCUGCCUGGAACACCCGACUCGGUUCGAACCAUCAUCGACAAAGUGUCAAAGCCGAAGGAUUCCCAGCUCGACGCGAUCUAUGGUAAAAGGAUUCAACUUUUGGGUUACGACACGUGCCGUCGAGCAGCUGUAGACUUCAUGAAAAAUGCAGUACGGGAAACGAGGAAGGAUCCCUCGUCGAAAACAUUCCCCUCGAAUUAUCCUGGAUUUCGUUUGGGUACUUAUUCCAGAAACGAGCCGAGAAUCGCUCAUCGGCGAACUGGUUUGCUGAAAAGUUCUCACAAGAAGGAAAUUGGCUCAUCUUACGAUCAGGAAAUCCGUGACAGGAUGUUGAAAAGCUUGGAUCUCCAUUUGGCUAACAAACAGAGGGAUUACACCGCGCAAUUGAUGAGAUCCCCUAUAUAGUUUUCGUAAAUCAAUUAAUCAUAAUUGCAGCGUUUAUAAUUAACCGCAACGUUGGGAUGCUCUUUUCAAUUAAUUCUAGUCAGACUUGUCAACAGUCGUACCUCUCUUAAGAAUCGCUCUAGUCAUACACAUGAGUCAUUAAGUAUUAAUAACAAGAAUAUCUAGCUGCAAAUUAUUUUUCUACAAAUACAGGUGCGCCCAAGAGUGUCGUGUGCUACUUAGGAACUUUGUACCAAAUGAAAUAUAUUGCGCGAAUGACGAUUUAUAUUUAUUCAGGAAAGGUAUAAAUAGAGAAGGCUGCGAUCUUUUGUAAAAAAAGAAAAACGUUUAUUCUUAAUGUACAAUUAAAAAAAAAAAAAGAGAAAAAAGAACAAAA